UAAGAACAACAUCGUCGGGCGUCAGUGUGACCGCUGCGCCCCUGGUUUCUAUGGUUACCCCAACUGCAGGCCAUGUGACUGCAACGAGGCGGGAACCGAGGAGGAAGUGUGUGACUCCUUCACAGGACAGUGUCUGUGCAAGGAGAACGUCCAGGGUCCUCGCUGUGAUCAGUGCAGGGUUGGUACGUUCCACUUGGACCCGACGAACCCGAAAGGCUGCACCAGCUGCUUCUGCUUCGGAGCCACGGACCGAUGCCGCAGCUCAGACAAGAGACGCACUGAGAUCAUGGACAUGGUGGGCUGGGUGCUGCUGGGAGCCGACAGACAGGAGGUACCGGUGGUGGUGUAUCCCGGCCAGGACCUGGUGGAGGCCGACCUCAGCGACGUACCCGACGUCUACCAGGAUCUCCACUGGCACGCACCAAAGACUUACCUGGGAGACAAGGUCUCGUCCUACGGAGGUUUCCUCAGGUAUCGUCUCCACACUCAGACCAUGAGAGGGGACGUGUUGUCUCUGCCGGUAGAAUCCUCCAGACCUGACAUCAUCCUCAAGGGGAACCAGAUGAGCCUGGUGUUCAUGGAGAGAGAGUACUCUUCACCUGAGGAGCCUCACCUGGGAAUCGUUCACAUGGUCGAGGGAAGUUUCCGUCACGCUCAGACUGGGAACUCUGUGUCUCGGGAGGAGCUGAUGAUGGUUCUGGUCGGUCUGGAGUCGCUGCAGGUCCGAGCCAUCCACUCCCAGUCGGCUCACUCCGUGUCGCUGCGCGGCGCCGUGCUGGAGGGCGCUGAGAGCCUGCCCACCGGUCGCCAUGCCAACAACGUGGAGAUCUGCAUGUGUCCAGCCAACUACCUGGGAGACUCGUGUCAGAAAUGUGCUCCAGGUUUCUACAGAGACACCAUCGGCCUGUUCCUGGGGAAGUGUGUCCCCUGUAACUGCAACGGACACUCGGACCGGUGUCUGGACGGAUCUGGAGUCUGUGAGGACUGUCGACACAACACGGCGGGCGACCACUGUGAGAAGUGUCAGGGCGGUUUCCUUGGCAACAAUAGCGUAGACGGACAGGCGGUGUCCUGCUCCAGCUGUCCCUGUCCACUGAGGGUCUCGUCCAACAAUUUUGCGAAGGGCUGUGUGCAGAAGGGCGACAGGAUGCAGUGUCUGUGUGAGCCGGGUUACGCAGGACCAAACUGUGAAAG